CCUCAGUGAUAAAGAGACACAGGUUAGUUAGGAAGUCGUUCGCCGGCAAUAUGCCGGACGAAAUCAAGCGGAAAAUUUAAGACCCCUUUGUGUUUGAAGGCCCAGGGGGUCAUUCAACCCAUUUUUAGGAUUUGCGAGGACUUCGGGAACGGAGAAUCACACAGGUUAAGAAUGGCAUACCACCCCACAGACCACAUGUCACGCUGUGCCAAAUGUAGAUAUUACUGUAGAUCAGGGGCAACCUUCCUAUUCUCCCACAUAGGUCUUUGCAGUCUAGUCUUCGGCUACACGGUGAUGGGAGCCUUCACCUUUGAGGCCUUGGAGGCCGGCAACGAACUCGAUAAACGGAAACAGAUGAGGCAAGAAGAAGAAAAAGUGAUCGAAUACCUCUGGGAAUUGACAAAUAGUGGAGAAAUUAUCAACGAAAGUAAAUGGUAUGAAAACGCCACAGUCACCAUCAGAAAUUAUGAAAUGACAUUAGUGAAGGCGAUGAGAAAAGAGGGUUACGAUGGACACAAUGACACCGAUAAUCUUCAGUGGUCUUUCUCAGGAGCUUUACUGUAUUCCAUCAUAGUUAUUACAACCAUAGGAUAUGGCAACAUCGCUCCAAAGACAAAUACUGGCAAAAUAGUGACCAUCCUCUACGCAAUUGUUGGUAUACCGUUACUUCUGCUCUGCCUUUCGAAUAUCGGUGAUGCUAUGGCCCAUUCCUUCAAGUUUAUCUAUUGGAAAGUAUGUUGCUAUUUGUGCGCAAAUCCUAAGCCGCAACAUCAUCGCAAGAGUCGAUCCAACAGAUCCAGCCGCUAUCCGUCCGAGGCUAGGACCAUUGCUUUGCAAGGAAGGGAUAUAGAUCUCAUGGGCAAUCGUUUGUAUGGAGGUGAUUCUUUUGAGAGGCAGAGAAGUUAUUUGUUAUCAGGAUCUGCUCAUCAUUCAUUGCCUAGAAAUCAUUCAUACUAUUCCAGAGAGGCAGAAUACUCAGAUGCAUACAAAGUGCCUAUAAUCUCUAACAAAUAUGCUCUGCAUCCAAUUGAAGGAACAGAAUUGCCCCAGCGUACACUACAUAGGCUGAACACUAUCGAUUCAUCACCUUACCGACAUGGUUCUUCUGUUGUCCGCACUCCGCCAUCAGUAUCCAAUCGCCUCCAAGAGCCUUUGCCCUCCUCUUUCUUGUCUAUAAAUGAUGAUCUUAGCUUUGAGGGAACAUCUUCUAUUAGUUCAGAGAAAGAAGACGAGGAUGAAGCCAGUGUCCCCAUUAUGCUUUGCAUAUCCAUCGUUGUGGGCUAUAUCUGUGGAGGAGCCAUCUUAUUUUCCUAUUGGGAAGGUUGGGAAUAUUCUGAUAGUUGUUACUUUUGCUUUAUAACUUUAACUACUAUUGGCUUUGGUGACAUGGUUCCUGGAACCGCAGUGCUUUCCGAUGAUGCACAACUUGCUCUUGGGCUGUGUUCAUUGUACUUGUUAUUCGGAAUGGCUUUGCUAGCUAUGUCUUUCAAUUUGGUACAAGAAGAAGUAACGAAGUCUGUAACAAGCAUUGGUAAAAGAAUUGGUAUUUUAUCGGACGAAGACGACGACGAUGAUGAUAUAUAAAUAAGUAUAGAUUUAAGACGAAUAAUUUUAGACAUGAUAUAAUGCGAUGAUUGGUGUCUCAUCUGAUUUUAGAUAACUUGAAUGGAGAUAAAAACUGAAGAAGGAGGAAAAAUUAUUCUUGCAGUCGGGUUUUCAAAGGAAGUUGUAUUUUGAAACAUUACAGUUGAACCAGCAAUAACAUCUUUUAAAAGGUACAGAAAACUGUUUUCUUUGAUCUUAAUGACUUCAUGAUAAGAUAAAGAAUAUUGGUGUGCAUUUAAAAGAUCUUCAUCAAUUUAAAUUGGCAUUUUUUUCAUGCACCUGAAACAAAAGUUUAGACACAUGUAGCCUGUUGUAUAAACAAGCAUUUUUAAUAGCUAUAUAAUUUUGGUAAUGAUAUAAUUAAGCGUAAAGAUACCUUUUUCAAUCUAACUAAAGAUGCCCAUUAUACAAAUUGAUGAAACAGUUAAUAUAAUUAUGUUUGAUUCUUAUGAGUAAGUAGAAUAUUUUCUAGUUAUUUUGAGAAACAAACAAACUAAUGAAAUUAUUUCUUUCUUUCCGUAGAAAGACAUCGUCAGUGUUCCUAACAAAUAAUUCAAGUUGCUUUUAUGAAACAAUGUUUGACAGAAAGCUUUGAAUGUGUUACGUGACGCAAUUUUUGAAUAUUGAUUAGAAAAUAAAGUGCCGUAGUUCAGGAACGCUAAAAUUGUAAUUUGAAGUUCAAAGUAAUGCGAGGAUUAUUCAUAAAAAGUGAUGCACUUGAAUGGUGAAGUAAAAUGCGCUUAGAUGGUGAUGUGAUGUAUUCCUAAUUUUAUUAUACUGUGUAAUAUAUUGAGAUACAAGCUAAUAUUGAUUGCACAUGUUCUAAUGACAUACAUGAAAAAUUUGUUGCAAAAGCUAAGAUGAUAAGAAUACACAGCAUUUGAGCUAAGCCCUUACUCUUAUAAAAGAUAAUUACUUUGACCUCCGUAUGAACUUCAGGGCUUUGCGCUGAACGUAAUUUAAUUGAAAAUAUAUGUUGUUAUGUUUCAAUGGAAAAUAUAUGUGUUUAGCUGCUAAACAUUGACGAAAUGGUAAGGGACUCAUUUUGUAACAAAUUUCUGAUGACAGUGCCUUAGAAGAAUUUAUCUGUUGAUACUUAUAAUCCUACUGAAAAAUGUUAUUUGUUAAGACUUUAUUAAGACUUUAUUUUACCUUAAGAUAAGCAAACUUUUAGUCAUUAGAAAACUGAAAGCCAAGAUUUAUACAUAUCAAUAUGAAUUUAUGAAAGAAUUCUGAGUUAAUAAUAGUGAUAAUAAAAGCCUUUUUUUAAAA